ACGAGAUUCAGCGAAAAUGCGAGAAAAUCUUCCCGUUCCCACUGUUUGGACUUGGGUAGCGUUCUAGUACACCUCUUGUUCCAGACGCCGCUUUGGCUUUCGGACCUUCAACAGAACACACCGAGCAGCGAGCAUCGAUACUGACAAGGAUGUGCACAGUGCGACAUUGCGCGAACGCGUAAACCCAGACGUUUUCACGGCGCUGGUUUCGCCGCAUCAUUGCGUGGCGCGGAAGUCUCUUCUUUUCACGGAUCCGAGACUAAUCACCUUGUUUGUGGUGUUUUUCUCCAUCCUCUUCGCUCGGUUCUCCCCUGCAAGCCGCCGGUGUCUGUCUACCUUCCUGCCAGUUUUCCGCUGCGCGGACAGUCGACCCGCGCUGUGCGCCUGUGUCGGUGUUUGAUUCUUAUCGAUGCUCUCCUCGAAGCGAGCAAUUGAUCCUUUGCUUUUCUCUCCUAUCCAGGCUAAAUUUCGGCUUUUCCCCAUCUUGGCAGCCAGCAGCGACGGCGCAAGGGGCCUGCCGCACAGGCGUUCGACGCCUCGCGCAUGCACUCUCUCCUCGCAGGGUCAAACCUCUCGAACCUUUUCUCAGAAGGACUCAACCGCCUUUGCUCUGCCGCACUCACACACAUGGGGAGGCUUUCAGGCCUCGACUCUUUCCCGUUCUUUCUUUUCCUCCUCGCCGUCUUCCCCGCUCUCUACCGCGUAUAAGUUGUUCGGAGUCGGCUGCCGGCCCCGAGAAAACGCGGUCCACAGAUAGGCCGCAGCUUGCAGGAGGGAGCGCCAGCGCAGCAUCUGCGCCGACAUCAGGAAGCCAUCGGAUGCGGCGCAUUACAGGGAAAAGAGAAAUGCCUCCGCUUUUCUUUUUCCGACCGCCAACGUCACAAUCUGUUGUGAUCGCUUGACGGCUUCCACGUCUGCACCCCUUCGUUCGUCAGUUUGUGUGCCAUCGUACCGGAAGAGGAUCCUCACUCUCGCAUGUGCAGCUGGGAACCUCCAUCGCCUCAGCGGCAUCGUCUCUGCAGACCCAGGGACAAGUGCGCUUUCAUCGAUAAGAAGCGGAAUAUGAGUCACCACGCAUGCAACACCAAGUUGAGGACAAUAAAAGCAUGGAUGUCUCUCGCUCUUUUCGCAGCCACGAUGUUUGAUUUCUCGGCGCCUUGAGCGACUCACUUCAUUCUGCGUUCUCCGGUUGCACUCGCUUGUUUUCAGCCGUCCUCGAGUUUUCUCUCACUUCUUCUUCCCUCCGAAAACCUCUGUUCUCUCUUCCUUCGACCGCAAUCUCUCUGCGGCUCCUUCCCCGUCCGACCGCUACCUUGUCGUCUUCUCCCUCAUGCGUCCUCCACUCGGAACCCCGCUCUUCUUCCCCUCGUCUGCUCCGUCGUCUCCUGCCUCUGUGCGAGCGGCCGACGCGGCGCCGAGAGGCGAGGCGGCGCUCGGCUGCGUCGACGUCGCGAAGCCUGAAUGCAUGUCCCCCGAGACGUCGCGCGGCUUGGAACUGCCGCCGCUCCAGGCUCUGCCCGCGGACGCGUUGCGUCUGGAGACGAGGCGAAGCGGCCUUCUCGUCUCCCGCGCGCCGACGCUGACUGAGGAAGACGCUUCCCAGUUUGUGGCGGCCUUGCAUGCGCGGGCAGUCGCGCAGUAUCGAGCGCGCGCGAGCCGCUCGCAGCCUCGGGGCGGCGACGCCUGCGCGGACGACAUCUUCCCGACAGGCGCGCCAGAUCGCGCGGGGGAGACAUCCGGGAGACGAUCCGACGGAGCAGAAGACGAAGAGCGACCAGACAGGGACAUUCUGGGAGUCGCCCUCAGUGGAGUGGCUCUCAACGACGACAGCCUCGCGAUUCUCGUCACAUGCAUGCUCAGAUCGACGUUUCUCCGAGUUAUCGACCUCUCGGAUAACCGGCUGACAGACGACAGCGUAUGCAUCCUCGCAGAGUGUCUGCCCUGUUUGCCUCACCUGCGGGUGCUGAGUCUGAGCCGCAACCGCCUGACGGCUGUAUCGAUCGUGAAAGCGGCGAAAGCGUUCUUCCCAGACCUCUCCAAUCUGCCCUCGCAGAAACAGGGCGCGUCGAGGCGCGAGCUCGCGAGGGAUGUCGAGCCACCCGGAGCGGCAGGCGCUGGCCAAACGACGCAUGCAGACGAGCCAUCAGAAGUUUUUCAUCUCGACCUCUCGGACAACCUCGUCGGUCCUGAAGGCUGCUGCGCGAUUGCAGAGACCAUCAAGUGCAACAGCUGUCCGGCUCGGUUGUACCUCCGCAACGUCGGUGGCGGCUGCGCUGGUCUACUGCCUCUCAUGGCCACUGAGUCCUUUCUGAAGGCUCUCGACUUCUCCCAUACAGACAUCUCCCCCGGCCCACCCAGCUGCGCCGUCCAAGAACCGCCCAGCUGCGCCGUCCAAGAACCGCCUGGCGCCUCCUUUUUGCACUCUCUCCGCUCGUUUUCUUCCUCCUCGGCUUCUUCCUGUAGGACAGCGGGUGCGGUCUCUGCGACUCGAUCGUGUUCCCUGAAGAAGCAGUCUCCUGCUGCGCCUUCGCCGCCGGCGGGGGAGAAGCCGAAGCGAAACGGCAAAGGCUACUUGUUUCGAACGUUCCAGAGGUCUCGGCUAGGACGCGGGAGCCCUGCGGCGGACGCUGAGGAGAACGCUUGGCGACUGGAGAGCGCGGCUCUGGAACCAGGAGGCGAGGGCAGAAGAGCCGGAGCAAGAGGCUCGCCAGCAAGCAGGAAACGGAGAGACGAAGAAGAAUGGUCAGAUGAACUCGAUGACUACUGCCUCCAGGACGAGAGAGACGCGCGCAGCCGGAACAGCCUCACUGGUGGAGACUUGCAAAUGCUCCUCUGCGUCGCGGAAGGCCUCGCCCACCUUCUCACCUCGGCAGGAGCGCUGCAAGAGCUAAAUUUGUCGUACUGCACCUGGUCGUUCGCCGACUACGAGGAGACAGGCGCGGAGCCCACCGGCUCGGUUCACUACGCAGACCAGCUAGUCGACAUCCUCGCGGAAGCUCUGAAAGGAACUUCGUCUCUUCGAUCUCUCGCUUGCGCAGGCAACGGCAUGACGGCUGUGGGACUCCGGCGCCUCUGCGAGGGCCUCGCCUCGCCCACCUGCCGGCUGGAGGAAUUAAACGUUGCAUGCAACGACCUUCAAGAGGUCCUCCCUCUCGCCGAGCUCCUCCUGACCAAUCGAACGAUUCGAAUUCUCGAUGUAGCGAACUGCAUGCUGCCGAGCGAGGCGGUGGACCAGCUGGCUGCGGCGUUGGAGGAGAACACAACUCUGUCGGUUCUUGUUCUCGCUCACAACUCUCUGCAGCCUUCCGCGCUGCUUCGCCUCUCUCAAGCUCUCAAAAUUCAACAGCAGAAAGUCGUGAACGCAGACCGAGCGGAAGACGAAGAGCGCGCAGACGACAAGAGAGAAGAAGAAUGCGGACCUGCCGAGACCAGAAAGCAGAGCGCGGAGACAGCGAAGGCAACCGAAGGCGGUGCGACGAGACGAGAGAACCAGCAGGGAUCUGCAGAGUGCGUGUGCCGUCUGGCGGAGCAGAGACGACCACCGUGUUGCUGCUGCUGGUGGGGGUCACCUCCCAAUCCGUUCAACGACCCCUCGUCUUUCUCUCCGCGUAUGUCGCUCGCUCCCGCUGCUCGGCAGAGGCUUCUUUCGCUUCGAAGAAGAUGCAUGCUCCACGUCCUAGCUCGACAGGAAGCCUUCGCUUCGUCGGUGUCUCCUGCCGCGUCUCUGGAUGUGUGUGAGGUGUGUGGAGGCUUGUGGGGAGAGGCAGAAGACGCGGCGGGAGCAGGGAAAGGAAAAAAACCUGUUUUGCAUGCAGGUCUGGACAUGGAACUUGCGUCGGUCUCUCUCGCCAGCACCCCCGCGCGCGGCCUUCGGAUGCUCGAUCUCUCCUUCACCACGCCUCACGACGGCUCUGCACUGCGACCGCUUGCUGCUGCUCUUCCCGACCUUCCGCAUCUUCUUUUCCUCGACGUCUCGAGUUGCUCCAUGGAUGUGUCAACCGUCGAUCUCUUUCGAGCUGCGGCUGCGUCGCGCGUCUCGCCUUUCCCCUCCUUCUGUUCUUCUGCCUCUCCUUCUUCUUCGUAUUCUCCCUUCGCUCCUUUCUCUCCUUCCUCGGCGUCUCUCCCCGUCACCUUCCCUUACGCGCUCUGCAUUCGCGGACUUCCUCUGACGGCCAUUCGCCUGGACGAGGAUGAAGAAAGCGUCGACAGAGAGGACGCGCCCUGCACACCGCCACAGGGUCCCUCCUCUCCGCUCGCCGUUUCUUCCGCCUCUCCCCUUUCUUCUUGUUCUUCAUCGGCGCCGCUGGCGUCCUCCGGUGGUAUUGAGGAGAGCGGCGGCGGCGGGGAGGCAGGCGCGCAUGCAGUGUGCUGCGCGUCCGACUGGCCUGGCGAGGCAGCGGUGUCGGCGGACGGGAGGAGGCGUCGAGGUAGUUCGAGCUCAGGAGAGGCAUCCAGUCAGACAAGCAGACUGGAGACGCUUCGUUUGCCGGAAGUUGGAGGUUCCGCCGCUGCGUGGAGACCGCCUGACGAACGGACAGAGACGGCGCCGCCCACAGCUGAGGCUCUAGAAGAUGAGCAGCAGCUGCUUUCGCUCUACUCUAGGGAGCUGUCUCCAAUUCUCCCGCCUAGACAGCAGGCGCAGCUGAAGGCGCUGGAGGAACUGCAUGCGCAGCAAAUUCUCCUGCAGAGGAAACGCGAGGAACUCGAGAAAAGUCUGCUGUCGCAGCUGAAGGCAGACGACACACACGCAGACGCAGCCGAGGAACUGCCGCCACUGCAGGAUCCUGUCGACUGGCUACAUACGCUGUCGGAGCCUGAGACGUCGGAGAGAACAGGCAGAACAGGCCGGAGUGAGGCGAAGAGCGAGAGGAGAUCGACAAGCAAGGAGAAAACGAGUUUCAACAGCGAGAAACAGAAAAGCAACCGCGAGACCGGGUUGUCAGACAACAGCAGAGAGGAAGACAGUUAGACAGAGGCCGAGAACGAGAGGGAGAAAGAAGAAGGAAGGAACGGGGAAAAACGAAAAGGCGACUUGAGAGAAAAUGCAAUGGAGAGAAAGCGAAAGGAGAAACGAGUAGGGGGGGAGGGCGUCUUUGUGCGGUACGUUCGAUUUUUAUCCGCAAUCACGACGUUGUAAAGCUCAUCGAGCGUUUCUCGCGGUGCUUGUGUAUAUACACGGCGGCGUUUCUAUUGACGGGGCAGCUGAAAAAAAUCUGAGCACAGCGCCUUACACGUUCUUUGCAUUCUCUCCCUUUGAGGGCAGAGCAGCUCCUUUCCAUCCAAAGUGGAAUUGCAACUUCCUUUUCUCUCGGCUUGCUCCUUUCGGCUUCCCGAUGCCAUUCGUGUGAAGGCUGUGCAUGCAUGCAACUGUUUCUUUUAUUUCCUGUGAACAAGCCUCCGGAGCAGUUCCUGCGGUUUCCGGCUCCAGCGGAAAACGAACGAUUGGUCUUCCUCUCUCUAUUCGCCUCUCUGUUGUGUCUCUUUCUGUCUGUUUCUGUCCUCUUUGGAGUUCUCUUCCAGUCGCGUUCUCUCCUUUUUCCAUUAUACCUUCUUCUCUCUCUGAUGCUCCUUCUCUCUGUGUCUCCUUUACCCUCCCUUUCCGUUGGUCUUUCUCCCGUUCUUUUUCCGUCUGUUUCUUUCUCGACUGAACAGCAAAGACAAGGAACUGCUUCACC